AUGAAUGUUAUAAUCACAAAUCGAUUUGUGUUAUUAACAUUCAUUUUUGUAUCAUUACACCUUUGCAGUUUUACAUUUUCACAAAACAUUUUACCAGCAGAAGAAUUAAGCUCUGCAAUAUUUUUAAUUAGACAAUAUGGAUUAAAUAUACCUCAAAAUCAAUCUUUUUGUGACCCUGGAACAUUAUUUUUAUGUGAAGUUGUUGAUGGAUCAUAUCAUAUCACUAGAGUUCAAUUAAAUGUACCAAAUCCAUUUGUAGAUGUGGGACUUCCAGACCCCAAUACUGUAUUGAAUAUGUCCAAACUUUCAACAUUUAAUAUUUUAAAUACAAGAGUAGCACCAUCGACUAUAGUUGCCAACUCAUCGAUCCAUAUUAUGGACUAUAUCAAGACUUUAAAGUCUAUAACCUCCCUUACUUUACAAGAUACCAGUAUCCAGUAUCUACCAAGCGACUUUUCAAAUUUUCCCAAGCUCUCUCUAGUCAAUCUCAGAUUAGAACCUGAUUCGGCAAUCAGAGUUCCCCUAGGCUUUUUAAACAACUCUGCAGUACUAUACUACAAUAUCCUAACACCCGUUAAAUUCAUCUACAUUGACGACACUGUCUAUUUCCCAAACUUGGCCAGUUUUAAAUUUACAUCAAAUUGUACCGCCUCGGGAUCUCAUAUUCUCAAUUUCACUUCAAAAUCAUUUCCAAUGAUUAGAUCAGUAGAAAUAGAACUAAGUCCAGAAUCAGAUACAACAGUUUAUUACAAUAUUUGGGAUCCAAUCAGCACAUCAAAUAUUAAAUGUGGUGGUUCUGCAAAUAUAGAUGCUACCUGUAAUUUAUUUAUUGGGUAUCCCCAGAAAUUAGAUUAUUUAACGCUGAGUGGUCCAUUAUCAACAUAUUCCCCCUCACCAAUUACCAAUGUACUUUAUCCCAUUCUGUAUUCAUUGGAGCUAAUUAACGUUGUGAUUACCGAUUUCCCUAUUUCUGGUAGUUUUCCAUCCUCUUUGUAUACUAUAAAAGUAAUUGGAGGUUUACUUGACAAUAUACCAGUGAUCCCAGCCACAGUAAAAGUAUUAUAUCUUGAUAAUAAUUACGACUAUUGCCAAUCACCCAGAUAUUUACCAUUCACAACCAUCUCUACUUCUUUAUCUCCUCCAAACAAUUUUGUUUGUAAUGUUUCAAUUGAUCAAAAUCCAAUUGUUACAAAUUUGGGAAGAGCAAACUUGACUGGACAAAACUUGGGACAUGGGGAUAUACAAACUACCAACUAUAAUCUAACCGGUGUGAUUCCAAAUCAUUCUCUUUUAGCUACAUUUGCUAAUCCUCCAACCAUAGGCACUGAAAUGACAUUGCAGUUUGCAACAUUUUCUGGAGCACCAACUGCCAACGUCACAGUUAUCGAAGCUGGAAUUAAAAUGGGUGAAAUCAGUCUUAGAAAACAGGUUGGAGCAUCUUCUCCUCGGUUGGUAUUGUCAAUCGAGUUGAUAAAUUAUAAUCCUACCAUGAUUCAUACAGUCACUCUAGACAAUGAACCAUGCUUGUUGUUUGGUACUGUCUUACCCAAUACAUACGAAUGGCAACCUUCGAAGAAACUUACGGCAGCUCACACAUACACAGUCAACAUGUCCAACACUUAUUUAUCAGAGACCAAGAAUUUCGAAAUUGAGUUACCGUAUCCAAUGAUUCGAGUAGUUACACCUAUUCCCGCCAAUGAAGGAGAUGCAAUCACGUUGCAUGGGUAUUUUGGAACAACACCAUCUACACUUACCGUCACAGUUUUAGACCAAUUCUCUCUUCUCACUCAAUGCCCAGUAGUCUCUGCCACUACAUCUACCAUUAUUUGUAAUUUAAUCAACCCGAUCAAUGCACCAGUUGAAAUCAUUGUAUCUGAUGAUUUUUUCACUAAAUCUUAUUUCGUGACGGCCAAAUACAUUUGUGAUCAAACUACAUCCUAUUGUCAUGGAAACGGAAUGUGUACUGACACUGGCCAAUGCAUUUGCAAGAGUACUGCAUGGUAUGAUGAUUGCUCAAAAUCAUAUCCAGUCAUAUCAUCGGGUUAUUAUGACUCGGAAGAUACCAAGUUGGUCCAUUUAAUUGGUGAUUUCGGACCAAAUGGACAAACCAAGUUGUUUGUCAUGGUCAAUAACAGUUUAACAUGUACCGUCGAUCUUGCACAACAACAAUCAAUCACUUGUCUAUUAGAUCAACCACCACAAUAUGGAUUAUCAUCUGUCCAAUUACAUGUUGAUGGAUUUAACACAUCUGUUAAAAAUAUAUUGUUUCUUCGUCGACCAGGUGGUAGUGAUAAUAGUGGUGGUAGUGGUGGCAGUACAACAGGAUCUGGAGGAUCCGAAACACCCCAACAACAAUGUCAAAGAUUAACAUCCAAUUGUUAUAAUCAUGGUACUUGUGACAAUAAUGGUAUUUGUCAAUGUAAAGAUACUUAUAAUCCAGAUGAUAAUUGUUUUACUAAAUUUAUAAAUACAACUAUAAAACCAAAUACAACAGAUCCAACAGUAUCAUUUGAUAUUGAUGGAAUUGAUUUUCAAUUUGAAAUUGUAUCAAUUCAAGAAUUGGAUUUGAAUAAUUUAAUUGUAAAAGAAUUAUUUAUAUCAAAUUAUACUUGGAGCGUAAAUGCAGAGACCAAUAAUAUAACAACUAUUGUCAAUUAUCAAUUAAAUACAACCAAUCCAAAUAUAAUCCCAAUCGACGUGAAUAGUAUCAUCUUUAGAUCGGUUCAGGUGUUAUCAACUAUAUCAUUCUCGUCAGUGGCCAGGGAUAUUGAAUUUGGAGACCAACAACUUCACAUAAAUGCAAACUCUAUUAAAUUGGCAAUUAAUAUAACGAAUUGGCAAUACUCUUCAAAUGUUGCAACACUACAAGUAGUAUUUAGAACCAUAGUCAUUAAUAAUCAAUCCAUCGAAUAUGAUUGUAAAGAAAAGGAAAUUGAAUCGUUGUCCUAUGAUUCAUUAUCAUCACUUCAAUAUCUAAGAGUCGUCAAAGAUAAUAUUCAAUUUAAUGGUAGAUUUAUUGAUGUCGCACUUUCAGAUGGUAGACCAACCUAUUCACAAACACAACUCUUAUCAUUAACUCAAUCGAUUAGCAAUGAACAGGAAUCGAUUGCAUUGAUUGGUAUCAAUCUGCCUCAAUGUCAAGAGUGUAUUCUCGAUCCUGAUUUCUCACCAUUACUAAUUGAAAAGAGAAAUGAUGGAUGCGAAUCCAACGAUUCAAAGGCUUGGAGAAUUGCAGUUGGAGUAGUCGUUGGUGUAGCUGGUGCAGUGGCCAUCAUCACAACUUCAAUCAUUACUUUUAAAAAGAUACAAAAGAAAAAGAAAUUUCAAGCAAAUGUUGAAAAUAAAUUAAAGGAAUUUAAUUCCUAA